UUGAAAAACAAAGAAACUAAGUCGGCAAAGUGUACAAAGUACAAACAAACAACACACACUUAUAGACAAAAACCCUAAACCAGUCCCUAGUUUCAUUCAUUCCCUUCUCCUUAAACCAACCAAACACAAAAAAAUUCCCAAUUCGUAAAACACGAAAACAGUUAUAAAAAAUCUCUCCAAUCUCAAUGGCCGGUCAACGAACUUCGUACGGAAACAAACGCUCCUACUCCCACACCGACGACGGUGACUCCAGACCCAAACGCCGCAACCCCGGCGGCGACGAGUCCCGCGACACGUUUCUCAUAACCCAAGACGACACCGUCUACCGCUACCUCUGUCCCGUCCGCAAGAUCGGGAGCAUAAUCGGCCGCGGCGGCGAGAUCGUGAAGCAGCUUCGCGCCGAGACGAAGGCGAAGAUCCGGAUCGGGGAGACGGUUCCUGGAUGUGACGAGCGUGUUGUGACGAUCUAUAGUGUGGCGGAUGAGGCGAAUGAGUUGGAGGAGUCUGGGGAGUUUGUGUGUCCGGCGGAGGAUGCGCUUGUGAGGAUUCAUAUGAGGGUUGUUGCGGAGGAUUUGAGGGGGCGUGGGGAGGGGGAGGAGGAGGAUGUUGAUAUGGAGAAGGAGGAGAGUCAGGUUACGGCGAAGCUUUUGGUUCCGUCGGAUCAGAUUGGGUGUGUGAUUGGGAAAGGAGGGCAGAUUGUUCAGAAUAUUAGAAGUGAGACCGGGGCGCAGAUUCGGAUUCUUAAGGAUGAGAGGUUGCCUCUUUGUGCUUUGAACUCUGAUGAACUUGUUCAGAUUUCUGGUGAGAUUGGGGUUGUGAAGAAGGCUCUGAUUCAGAUUGCAUCACGACUUCAUGACAACCCUUCGCGUACUCAGCAUUUGCUUACUUCUUCGGUUCCUGGGGUAUAUGCGGCUGGUGGUUCAAUGGGGGGUCCUCCUGGUGGGGCUCCGAUCAUGGGGAUGGCUCCUAUUGGUGGAGGUUAUGGGGGGUAUAAAGGUGAUGUUGGAGACUGGCCACCACGGUCCAUGUAUCCGAGUUCAAGGGAUGAAGGUUCUGUGAGGGAUUUUUCAGUCCGGUUUGUUUGUCCAAUUGCUAACAUUGGAGGUGUGAUAGGUAAGGGCGGUGGUAUAAUAAAUCAAAUUAGGCAGGAUUCUGGGGCUACAAUCAAGGUUGAUAGUUCGGCGACUGAAGGAGAUGACUGCUUAAUAGCCAUUUCGACAAGAGAGUUAUUUGAAGAUUCUUUCUCUCCAACAAUAGAAGCAGCUGUGCGUUUGCAACCACGGUGCAGUGAGAAAAUUGAAAGAGAUUCCGGGAUUCUCUCUUUUACUACCAGGUUACUGGUGUCAAACUCUCGAAUUGGUUGCCUAAUUGGUAAAGGAGGAACAAUCAUUACUGAAAUGAGAAGGCUUACAAAAGCUAACAUACGCAUCCUAUCGAAGGAAGAUCUCCCUAAAAUUGCAUCUGAAGAUGAUGAAAUGGUGCAGAUUUCGGGGGAAUUAGAUAUUGCCAAGGAUGCACUUGUCCAAGUACUUACACGGCUAAGAGCAAAUAUUUUUGAUAUGGAGCGUUCUGUCUCAUCAUUCCUUCCACCAGUACUUCCAUAUCUUCCUGCUUCGCCAGAAGGACCAGAUGGUUUGAACUAUGACGGUAGAGAUGGAAGAAGACAUGGACGUGGCCAUUCUUAUUCAGAUGGCUAUGGAGGCCCAAGUGAUUUGGCAUCUGGCGACAGUUAUGGAAACUAUGGAGGCUCUCAGCAGCUUGGUCGAGGCGCUCCUUAUGGAGCUUACGGUGGUUAUGCUACGGGACGAACUAGUACUUCUGGAUUGUCUGACAGAUUAUCUAGUCAGGGUGGUGUUUCUCGGAGGAGAAACCAUGGUUACUAAAACUUGAUGGGUCCUUGCAGCUGAGUUAUGUGAAGCCCUGAAGCCUACUGCCUAAACUGGAAGACCUGAUGAACCACGGUUUGACAAACUCAUGGCCCACCUUGAGACGCCUCAACCUAGGGACUGACAAACUCAUGGCCAAGCCAACCUUGACGCCUCUAUCUAGGGGACCAAACAUGUUGGAGACUAUUGAAUUUGACCAUGUCCAUUUUACCUUACUUCCCAAGCUUCGUAAUUUGUGCUCUCCCAAGAACCUAUAUGAAACAGCUUGCCUUUGUGGCUGCUUUUUGAUUCCUCUUUGGUUGUCGUUAGAUCUAAAACACCAUGUAGCUAUGAUCCUUUGGGAGAGUUGUAUACCUGUAUUGUUAUUGUUGGCUUUUGUUUUUCCCGAUAGCAUUUUAAACUUUGUCUUUGAAUUUAAUAAUGUUGGUUCCUGGUAAUUUGACCUUUUAGUCUUCAUAUGUUAAAUUUGAGAGAUCUUGUGUCGUCUGUCUUUUGCAGGAGUCUGAUCUAAUUUGACCUUACACAACUGUUUGUAAUGCGUUUUAUUAGUUUGUUCCGAGUUGGUUGAACUUUUUCCAGUUCGACUCCUCUGGUUAUAUGAGCUGAAUGGACCGAAUAUAAGACUGAUUUUAAGAAAUCUGUACUUAGUUUUGUAAAAGCAAUUCAAUAGAUCAAAACCACAUUCAGUCGAACAACUUAAACAAGUUCCGUUUCGUUCAAAUCUCAUUCUUCCGUAGGACCAAAUAAGAGCGAAGGCCAUACAACCAUACCGAACUACUUAUCACACAGGGGUAAUAUGUUUGAAACCAAACACCAAACUGGUUUGGUGGAUAGUUUUCCAAUACAUUCCUAAUAAGUAACCUUCCAUUCCAUGUUUGUUUUCACGUCUUAGAAAGGACAGUCAGUGCAAUAGAACUGUCACCAUAGUGAUAUUUAGUUUAGGGCUUGAUCUAUAAUCGAUCUAUUGUAGGUGAGUCAUAACUUGCAUAUAUCUAAGAUAUAUAUAUUUAUGAUUUGAACAUGUGACCUGUCGCACAACAUCAACUUCAUCCAUUUCGCUAACAUUGUGACGUUUAUUGCGACGUUCACUUUUUAAAAUUUUCGGGUACAAUAUUAGGAAAUUAGUUGACAUAAAUGUCAUGCAAACAACACCAUACUCCAAACGCCAGUUUAUUGUUUAUUUCUUUCUGAAUGUGUUAACGUAUAAUAUUCUCUCAAGUAUGUGUCUGCAAAUGUUGGCCUUGAAUGAGCUAAGCACAGGAGCUUGGAAGACCAUCGGUUCGAUGUUAGUCUUGCACUUCGUUUAGGUUGUUGCUGGAUACUCGAAUCAAAUGUUAACAUGCCACUUUGGGAUUCUUGGAUUCUGGAAAUAGUUUAAGACAGUUGAAUUUCAAUUAUCUUUUGUUGUCCCCUCCCCUUUUCUGGAAUAUUAACUGAAUUUCUUCUUGUAACUAGUGGAACAGCUAAUCUACUGUAUUAGACUAUUGAAGAUUGCAAAGGUCACAUGGUGUGUUUCAAUUGUAUUAGCAAA